UCCGUCUAUCACACGGUACGGCUUGUCUUCAAUCUUCAUUGGCUAGCGAGCUCAGAGGCGGGGUUCCGCAGUUGCCCGGACAUGGCGGACGGUGGAGGCUGGCGGCCGCCGCGCCCCUGCGAAGUCUACCGCGCGGAGUGGAAGCUCUGCCGCAGCGCCAGACACUUCCUGCACCACUACUACGUCCACGGCGAACGGCCGGCCUGCGAGCAGUGGCGGCGCGACCUGGCCAGCUGCCGGGAGUGGGAGGAGAGCCGGAGCGCGGAGGCCCAGCGGUCCCUCUGUGAGAGCGAACGUGCAAGAGUCCAGGCUACACGGAAGCACACCCUGGUGUGGGCCUUGAGGCAGAGCCCUCCUGCAGACUGGCACCUCCCUCUACCACAGGAGGAGAAAGACCAGUGAUGAAUACUCCGGAACGGCUUCCUCUCAUCUGUUUCAAGUGGGGCUGUCGCAGGACCCUAAGGACAGUGACCAGCUCAGUCUAAGACCACUUCUUCAGAAGCAGAGCUCUCCUCUCACUCUCCUCAAAGGGAAGCUCCACAGGAGGCCGCUGUCUGGGAACACACAAAUCCAAAGGUGUAAAGCUGGGAAGCACCGAUCUCACUGGCGAGCCAUUCAGAAGCACCACCCAGGAAUGCUUUCGCCACCUCCCACAAAACACAGUCAAGGAGAAGAGGACUCAGACUGGGACCUAGUCAGCCCAUGCCCACUCACCUCACGGGUGUGAAAUGCAAAUACAACUACCUGAAGAUGAUGGAAAUCUGUCCUGAGAACCUCGACCCUAGAGAACUCUUACCUUGCUUUAUCCAAGAGCCUCACAGGUGUAAUAAAAUCUUCAAUGGGAAUUA